CAGUCGGCAGAGGAAAGGGCGAAGGGAGAAGCGGCAGAAAGGCGACUUGCUGCAAUUGAUACUUACCGCCCGUGGAACAAGUCACCUGGCAUCUUCACCGCCCGACUGCGUUGGCUCCGUCUUCGCAGAUCAUCCUACUUGACCUUUAGACCGCGGUGAACUCAUCAUCAUAGCAUCUCAACAAUUGAUACCCCGCUCGAGUAUCAGCAGCAUUCCUGGAUUCCAUCAUGAGCUAUCCCACCACCCACGAGAAGAUCGAAAACGUGGUCGAUACGCUACUGUUCAUCGACAACAAGUUCAAGCCCUCGGAGGCCAUCGAGUUCAUCGAGCUCCAUGACCCGUCCACCAACAACCUGGUGACGCGCGUGCCGCAGAGCACCGACAGCGAGAUGCGUGCCGCCGUCGACUCGGCCCAGCGUGCGUUUCCUGCGUGGAGGGCCACGUCUGUUCUGCAUCGCCAGCAGAUCAUGUUCCGCCUGGUUGCCCUUAUCCGCGAGAACUGGGACCGUCUCGCCGCCAACAUCACCCUGGAACAGGGCAAGACGAUCGCCGAUGCAAAGGGCGAUGUGUUACGUGGGCUGCAGGUCGCCGAGGCCGCGUGCGGGGCUCCCGAGUUGCUCAAGGGCGAGGUGCUCGAGGUUGCAAAGGACAUGGAGACGAGGACGUACAAGGAGCCUCUGGGUGUCGUGGCCGCCAUCUGUCCCUUCAACUUCCCCGCCAUGAUCCCGCUUUGGUCUCUCCCUAUUGCCACCAUCACAGGCAAUACUUUGAUCCUGAAGCCCUCAGAAAGGGACCCCGGCGCCGCCAUGAUCAUCGCCGAGCUAUGCCAAAAGGCAGGCUUUCCCGAUGGAGUCAUCAAUGUCAUCCACGGAGCGAGGAAGACGGUCAACUUUAUCCUCGACGAGCCGCGGAUCAAGGCCAUCAGCUUCGUCGGCAGCAACCAAGCCGGCGAAUACGUCUUUGCUCGCGGCUCUGCCAAGGGUAAGCGGGUGCAGGCCAAUCUGGGCGCCAAGAACCACGCCGCUGUACUACCGGACUGCAACAAGAACAACUUUAUCAAGAGUGUGGUGGGUGCAGCUUUCGGAGCCGCAGGUCAACGAUGCAUGGCCCUGAGCACUGUGGUCUUUGUUGGAAACACCAAGGACUGGCUACUAGAACUGGUGGAGAGCGCCAAGGAGUUGCAGGUCAACGGUGGCUUUGAAGAUGGCGCUGACCUCGGUCCCGUUAUUUCGCCUCAGAGCAAGAGUCGCAUCGAGUCGUUGAUCGCCUCGGCCGAAGAGGAGGGCGCAAAGGUGGUCUUGGACGGACGUGGCUUCAAGCCCGCCAACGAGCUGUACACCAACGGCAACUGGGUUGGUCCCACCAUCAUCACCGACGUCACCCCGUCGAUGCGCUGCUACAAGGAGGAGAUUUUCGGUCCUGUGUUGUUGUGUGUCAAUGUGGCCACAUUGGACGAAGCCAUCGAGCAGAUUAACGCCAACGAGUAUGGAAACGGCGUCGCCAUCUUCACCAGCUCCGGGCCCACUGCAGAGUCGUUCCGUCGCCGGAUCGAGGCCGGCCAGGUUGGCAUCAACGUGCCGAUUCCCGUUCCUCUGCCCAUGUUCUCCUUCACCGGCAACAAGAAGAGUAUCGCUGGUGGAGGCGCCAGUACCUUCUACGGCCGUCCCGGUGUGAGCUUCUACACGCAGCAGAAGACGGUUACAGCGAAGUGGGCCGAGUCGGAUGCCAUCUCGACAAGGGCUGAUGUGGCGAUGCCAACUCAUCAAUAAGUGUAGCCGACUCAUCAAUAAGUAGCAUACCGUAGCUGAAUAACACC